AUGACUGAGAGUGUGAAGGAUGCAGUGGGGAGGAAGAUGAAGCUCUCGGUGAAGAAGAGAGUCAAACUAGAGAUCAAAGUUGACAAGGUGGAGAACAGAGUCUUGGCUCUCUCAUCUCACCGGGCCUUCCUUCUGACUGCACGCAUCCCUAGCAAGGUUGAACACAACUUUAAUUAUCUGGAGAUACAAGGGAUCGCCUGUAACAAGCCCACACAGUUGACGGUGGACUAUGAGAGAGGUGUUGUGUCUCUGAAGCUGACCUCUACAGAAGAGGUGAAUGAGGUGGUGGCUCACAUUGGGAUCUGUCUACAGAGGAUAUGUCCUGGUCUAUCACCACUGAAGCUGAUGAAGAAGCUGAGUAUGGAGCCUCCGGAGAGGAUCACCAGCCUACAGACUCUAUGGGACAACCACAAAGUAGCAGAACCAGGACCGUGUGGUGGUUUCUCUCAGAUGUACAGAUGUGUGUGUGACUGGCUGGGUCUGCCCUACAGAGAGGAAGUUCAAUGGGACGUAGACACCAUCUAUCUGACUCAAGACACACGGGAUCUCAGCCUGCAGGACUUCAGUCAUCUGGAGAAUAGGGAUCUAGUGGCUAUAAUAGCAGUGUUGGAGUACAACCAAUGGUUCACAAAGCUCUCCACAAAGGAUUGUAAACUGUCAGCAGACGUGUCUGACCAGAUCCUUCGGGUGGUGGCCCGGUCCAGUCGCCUAGAGGAACUGGUUCUGGACAACGCAGGACUCACGAGGGAUUUUGCACAGAAGCUGGCGAAUGCCCUCUCCCAUAACCCCAACUCAGGACUCCACACUGUCAACCUUGCCAAUAACCCACUGGAGGAUCGAGGAAUCACCUCCCUGGGAGCACAGUUCGCCAAACUCCCUAAGGGACUCAAGCAUUUAAACUUUUCCAAAACCUCAUUGUCACCCAAAGGGGUGAACAGCCUUGCCCAGUCACUGAGUGCCAACCAGUCCAUCCUCAGCACCCUCAGUCUCCUGGACCUCUCAGGGAACAUACUGCGGGCAGACGACAUCCCG